AUGGAUUUCCUACAUCUUGAACGAAGCACUGGCGGGUACGAAUACAUUCUCGUAAUAGUCGACCACUUUACUCGUUUCGCACAAGCGUAUCCAACCAAGAAUAAAGAAGCGCGAACCGCCGCAGGAAAACUGUACAACGAUUUUAUUCUUAAUUACGGAUUUCCAAGCCGGAUUCUACAUGAUCAGGGACGGGAGUUCGAGAAUAAAUUAUUUCAUCAAUUAGAAAAAUCGUCUGGGAUCAUUCGAUCGAGAACAACACCGUAUCACCAACAAGGCAACGGUAAAGCAGAAAGAUUCAAUAGAACGCUUUUGUCCAUGCUAAAGACACUGCCAGAGAAUCAGAAAAAACGAUGGGACCAACAUGUCUCGAAAGUUGUCCACGCAUAUAAUUGCACGAGAAAUGAUGCUACCGGUUUCUCGCCAUUUUUCCUACUUUUCGGUCGUUCUCCAAGAUUACCGAUAGAUUUGAUGUUUGGUUGUAACAAAGUUGAAGACAGACUCAACCACAAAGAUUAUGUGAAAAAGUGGUCUAGUGCAAUGAAUGACGCUUAUACUUUCGCCAGCGAACAUGCUACUAAAAGCAGUUCAAAAGGAAAGAGACAUUAUGAUAAAGGUGCGAGAUAUUCUACGUUAAAGCCUGGUGAUCGUGUACUAGUAAGGAAUUUAAGUGAACGGGGUGGUCCUGGGAAGUUGCGAUCGCACUGGGAGAAAGACAUUCACAUUGUCGUAAAUUGCACGCCGGACAGUCCCGUGUAUGAAGUGAAACCAGAAGCGAAAGACGGAAGGAAACGAUUACUUCAUCGGAAUCUUUUGUUACCGUGCGAUUUCCUACCACUCACACCGGAACUACCAGAAAAAACAAUUCCAAAAUCCGUUCAAAAGAAGGGUAAAGGCCCAAUUGAAACUGCACGCGGAACAGCAGAACAGUGUGAAAGUGAUAGUGAUGACUCGGAGAUUUUGAUUCAAAUAUUACCUGAACAGAGAAAUUUUGAAAAUGGUUCAUUACAAGGAAACGAAGCGGUUGAUCGAAGUGAACCUGAUACGGCGGAUCCAGCAGACGAUAUAGCGCAAAACGAAGCUGCAGAGAACACUCAGGAGCCUCACCUGAACACGCAGCUGGAAGAGCAACAAAAUGAAGAACCAAUGCAACCUGCAACCGAAUCCCCACCUGCCCCACCAACACGACGGAGUACGCGAGUAAGGUACGCACCAAGCCCUUUAAAUUACAACCACCUUGGAAACCCAGAACACUUCGUGUCGUCAGUUAAUGCAACGCCAAACUUUUCCCCAUUUACCUAUCCACAGAGUUACCCACUGCCGCCACCGGCGCCGUUUAUUCCACAACUAUGGUUCCCUCCGUGGAUCCCUCCAUUUCCUCAUCCCUUCUACCCUCCAGUAAUCUACCAAUGUCCGUGCUGGAACUCACAUUAUUUGAUGCCCUUUAACAUGGGUUACUAG